AUGGAAGAUGGGGCUGGUAUUUCUGGUUUCCAUUAUCUCUUCUCCCUUAACGUAAGGAGGAUAAUAAAUAUCAAAAUCCUUCGCAUGGUCGAGAACACUAACACUUUCCUCCAAUUUCCAUGGGGAAAUGUAUCGUUCAAAACAACCCUUAAGGGUUUUAACAAGGACAUGGAACACCACAUGUCGGUAUAUUUGUCCAAGAAAAAAGUCAUGGGGAAGAAGAAUGGGUCAAGGGGGACAUUGGAUGUUGCUUAUACCGUAUUUGUGUUCGCACUAGCCCUCCAAAUGUGGACCUAUGAGGUGGAGAAAAAGAUUCAGAAAGAGAAAGAGGAUGUGGAGGUGAAGAAGGAGGAAGACAGGGAGAAGGAGGAUGUGGAGGUGGAGAAGAUUGAGGAUAACAAGGAGAAAGAGGAUGUGGAAGUGGAGGUGGAGGAUGAUAUGGAGGUGGAGAAGAUCGAGGAAGAUAAGGAGGAGGAGGAUAUGGAGGUGGAGAAAGCGGAGGAUGUGGAGGUGGAGAAUAUUGAGGAAGACAAUGAAGAAGAGGACGUGUAUGUGAAUAAGGAGGAGGUGGAGAAGAUUGAGGAGAGGAAGAAGGUGGAGGUGGAGGUGGAGGUGGAGAAGAUUGAGGAAGACAAGGAGGAAGAAGGUGGAGGUGAAGGUGAAGAAGAAUGA